UCCCAAACCUUCGCCAUGGUCUAAAGCGCAGCAAGUCUUUACAUGCCGCCGUCUUCGGUGUUUCGUUUCCCAUGCCAUGGAUUUCCGUUUCCCCUUCCGCAGCAUCCCGUGCCUCCCGUGCCCGCCGUCGCACCUUCGCUCGCCCACCUGCCCUCCGCGGCCACCGCCGGUCCAAUACGUCCCCCUCUGCCCAGAAUACCCUUUCUUCCUCCUACGGUAAGCUCUCCGCCUUCUGCGCCGCCGUCGCCGAGUCCGCCCGGCGCCGCAUCGCCGCGCCUCUGCUCUCACCCGGCUCCAUCCCCUCCUGUCCCAGCCCAUCCGCCUACAACGCUCUCAUGAAAUCCUUCUCCCGCUGCGGCGACGUCGACGAGGUCAUCCGCCUCUUCCACGAGCUCAGGCGCUCGCACCGCACGCCGAACGCCCUCUGCUACAAUACCCUACUCAACUCCCUCGUUGUCGCCAACCGCCACGGCCAUGCCGAAGCCUUGUUCGACGAAAUGAUAGCAUCAGGUGUCGCCCCUACCACUUCCUCCUACACCAUUCUUAUAAAGUUGUUGUCUUUCUACCCGAACCUCAUCGAUUCGGCAUACGAGGUCAUCCGCUUCAUGGUCCAGUCCGGCUGCCAACCGGAUGCAAUCACCUACUCGACCCUCGUAGCAGGGCUCUGCCGAGCAGGGAGAAUAGAGGAGGCUUGGGGUGUUUUGGAUCAAAUGAUGGAGGACAAGUUGCUGCCGACCGUCCAAUCUUACACUUGUAUCGUUCAGUGUUAUUGCUCGGAAGGUAGGAUCGAGGAGGCCAAGAGACUAGUUGGUGUGAUGGAGAGUGUUGGAUGUCAGCCAGACGUUGUAACUUAUAGUGUCUUAAUUGGGGCAUUUUGCCAGGCUGGGGAAUUUGGCGAGGUUGAGAAGGUUUUGAAGGAGAGCGAGGAGAAAGGAUGGAAGCCAAAUGAGUUUACCUAUAAUAUCUAUAUGAAUGGUCUUUGUAAGGCAGGUAAAUUUGACGAAGCAUUUCAGCUGUUAGAAGUCAUGCGGGCGAGUGGAUUGCAUCCUACAAUAGAUACUCUCAACAUACUUUUUGAUUGUCUCUGCCAAGAUUCUAAGGUUUGGGAGGCGAAAUGUUUGUUGGAGAGGAGCUCUGAAUUAGAAUGGGAUGUAGAUGUCUUCUUCUAUAACACCUUGAUGAGUAGGUUUUUCGAGAUAGGUGAGUUGGGUACUGUUCUGAAGCUGUUGAGCGAGAUGUUAAAGAAGGGGAUUGAUCCUGACACUUGUACAUUUACCAUUGUGAUCCGAAGCCUUUGCAAAGCUGGGAUGCUUCAGCAAGUUAAAUGCAUUAUCAACAAUAAGGGUUUUGUUGCUGAUGUUGUCACCUUUAACACUGUGCUACAUGAGUUUUACAUGGUGGACGAGUUAAAUGAUGUGCGGAAAGUUUAUUCAUAUAUGAUAGCUGAAAAUGUUACUCCAAAUAAGUUCACAUACUGCAUCAUGAUUGAUACUCUCUGCAGUGAGGGGAACCAUUUGGAUGCUAUUGAUCUCCUUCUUGGAUCUUUGAGAUUUGGGUUCUUUCCUGACCUGGUUAUUCGUCUAAAUAACUGGCUGGUGAAGUCUGGAAAGCUGAGAGAAAUUUUAAACCUCGCUGAAGAAAUAUUGAGCAGAGGUCUAGUUAUAAAUGUUUCUAUAAUCACUUCGCUGGUCAGGGUAUUUUGCAGGGAGGGUUAUUGCAAAAGCAACAAUGUUUACAGAGUUUGUCUAGUACUUGACAAAGUGCUGGGGAUGAGAUAGUUCAUCUCAGGACUAUAUCACACAUUUUUUAUGAGUUUGCCUCAUUGGACAUCAUUAGCUUACUGAAGGUACAAGCUUGACUUGGACUUCAUACUAAUUACUGAAAUGUUUGU